ACGGUGUUGCAGUGGGCGUGGUGAGGACGCGGCAGCCGGUGCGCAUGCGUAGCGCCGCGUUCGCCACUCUGUCUCGUCGGAUCCCGGGAGCUCCGGAAACGGAAAUGACACCGGGAGCCCCAAGACCGAGAAUCCCGAGAGCGCUGCCGAGAUAGGAGACGUGAUGCGCAACAACAUUCAGCUGUAAAUGCAUCACAAACAGGCCGCCCAGGAUGAGGAAAGCAAACAGGAGUGCAGUCUCCGUCCCAAAGGUACCUGUCACUAGCAAAUCCCAGGGAAACGAGAGAGCAAAGUCAGAGAUCAACGCACCCACAUCAUCCAAGGUAUCCCGCCCGGGAUCAUCUUUAGCAAAGGCCAAGAGCAAUGAUGACCUUCUAGCUGGAGUGGGUGGUGGGCCACCCACAAGCAACGGUGUAAAGGUGAAAAAAAACAGUGCCAUAUCCAACCCCAGUUCUGGGGCAGCAAUGAGUGGAUCAGAUGGGAGAGCCAGGAGCAGCGCAGGCAGCGGUUCCAACACCAAGCGGAGUGGCUCAUCUGGGACCAAAGAAGCAGGAUCAUCUCGAGAGAGAGUGCGUGAUCGUUCUCGUCUAAAUGCCAGCAAAAAAACACAAGGUUCAGGUGCUGGUGUAGGAGAGGUAUCCGCCCCCACUAAACGAUGUCGAGGUCGUGCAGAGUCAGAUGUUCUUCGUAUGAGCAAAUCCAAAUCUGACAACCAGAUCAGUGAUCGUGUGGCUCUAGAAGCCAAAGUGAAGGACCUUUUAAGUUUAGCCAAAAAUAAAGAUGGUGAGAUACUGCUCCUCCGUACCGAGCUAAGAGACAUCAAGACACAGCUUGGAGAGGAAGUCUGUGACAAGAGUCCUGAGGAAACACCUUUACUGCAAUUACAGGAGCAGAAUGCUGUGGUACGAGAAGAACUGCAACAAUUAAAAAAUGAGAACCGCAUGCUGAAGGAUCGGCUGAAUGCGUUAGGCUUUUCAUUGGGUCAGCAAUUAGAUGUUACAGAGAAGCUGUAUGGCUACCAAUCAAUUGAUAUGGCUGCUGGCAGCCACAGUGACUGUGGAGGAGGGACUUUAGCCUCAUCUGUAGAGGGUUCUGCUCCUGGCUCGAUGGAGGACCUCUUGAGCCAAGAUGAGAGUACACUGACAGGAGAGAGGAGAAGUAGUUCCAUGGAUAAUUUAGAUAGUGAGUGCAGUGAAGUUUACCAGCCACUCACCUCAAGUGAUGAUGCUCUUGAUGCCCCAUCUUCAUCCUCAGAGUCCGAAGGUCUUCCAAGUACUGAACGUUCCCGCAAAGGGAGUAGUGGAAAUGUGAGUGAGGUGUCUGUGGCCUGUCUGACAGAGCGCAUUCAUCAAAUGGAAGAGAAUCAGCACAGCACAGCAGAGGAGCUACAAGCCACACUACAAGAACUGGCUGACCUGCAACAGAUCACACAGGAGCUAAAUAGUGAGAAUGAGAGGUUAGGGGAAGAAAAGGUAAUCUUGAUGGACUCCCUUUGCCAGCAAAGUGAUAAGCUGGAGUUAUUCAGUCGUCAGUUAGAAUAUGCAAGAGCCCUUCUUGAUGAACAUCAUGUGUCCUACUCUCUAGAUGAUGACUUGAAGAGCAGCCGUUACUUAGAUUUGGAGCAGAGAUAUAUGGAAUUGGCGGAUAGUGGUCGUUUUGAGCGAGAGCAACUGUUGGGUGUCCAGCAACAUUUGAGCAAUACUCUAAAAAUGGCAGAGCAGGAUAAUAAGGACGCACAGGAGGUAAUCCGUGCACUAAAAGAGCGUAACCACCACAUGGAUCGCAUUGCUGAAGCUGAACAACUUGGAAAGCAGGCACUGGCGGCAACUUUAGAGGAAUACAAAGCCUCUCUAAAUGCCGAGCAAGCAGAAUGUACACGCCUGAAAGGCCAGCUAGAACAGGAGAAGCAAAGAGUUGCAGAAUUGUACUCUAUACACAGUUCUGGGGAUGCUUCUCAUAUUCAGAACUUGCUUGAAAGUGUGCGCUCUGAUAAAGAGAAAGCGGAAACUCUGGCGGGGAACCUGCAGGAGGAAUUGCUGCAUGUACAGAGUGAUCUCAGGCGUAUGCAAGAUGCUUUUGACAAGCUGGAAGACAAAUAUCGAGCAUUCCGUGCAGAUGCAGAAAAUCAGGUGUCCGAGUUGACUCUGGCACUGGAUAAGGUGAGGAGCGAGCUGGAGGAAAAGGAGACCGAACGCAGCGAUAUGAAAGAGACUAUAUUUGAACUGGAGGAUGAAGUUGAGCAGCACAGAGCUGUGAAACUACAUGAUAACCUCAUCAUAUCAGAUCUUGAAAACACUGUAAAAAAGCUGCAGGACCAGAAACAUGACAUGGAGCGUGAGAUCAAAAUAUUAAAUCGCAAGCUGCGGGAGGAAUCUGCAGAGUGGCGCCAGUUUCAGGCUGAUUUACAAACUGCUGUAGUGAUUGCCAAUGACAUCAAGUCGGAAGCACAGGAAGAGAUUGGUGAGCUGAAACGGCGUCUCCAAGAGGCACUGGAGAAAAAUGAAAAGCUUUCCAAGGAAUUGGAGAAUGCCGCAUCCCGAAAGCAAGAAGAGGAACGAGGUCGUGUAUAUAAUUAUAUGAAUGCUGUGGAGAGGGACUUGGCAGCCUUGAGACAGGGAAUGGGUCUUAGUCGAAGGUCUUCCACUUCUUCUGAACCCACACCCACUGUCAAGACCCUCAUAAAAUCAUUUGACAAUGCAUCUUCACCAGCCCCUAAUCCAGCAGUGGCAGCAGCUGCAGUGGCGACCUCCAUUCCCCGCACACCUCUAAGCCCUAGCCCCAUGAAAACUCCACCGGCUGCAGCGGUGUCCCCUAUGCAGAGACAUUCCAUCAGUGGACCUAUAUCUUCUACUAAAUCAUUACCAGGCCUGUCAGAGAAGAGACCAAGCUAUGCUGAAAUACCAGUACAAGAACAUCUAUUGAGAACUUCGUCCAGUGGCAGAACGGCCUCAUCCUUGCCUCGUGUUCCAACCAUGGACAGCACAAAAUCCAUCUCUGUAUCUCGCCGCAGCAGUGAGGAACUAAAACGUGACAUCAGUGUGCCAGAUGGAGGUUCUGCUUCUCCUCUGAUGUCAAUGACUUCACCCUCACCACAACAUUCCCUCACUUCUUCCUCGCCCACAGCGUCUGUGACACCAACUGCCCGAAACCGCAUCAGGGAGGAGAGGAAGGACCCCUUAUCAGCCCUUGCAAGAGAAUAUGGAGGCUCCAAGAGGAACGCUUUGCUGAAGUGGUGCCAGAAGAAGACAGAGGGAUACCAGAAUAUUGAUAUCACAAAUUUCAGCAGUAGUUGGAAUGACGGCCUUGCAUUCUGCGCUUUGCUGCACACCUACCUCCCUGCCCAUAUCCCAUACCAGGAACUGAGCAACCAGGACAAGAGGAGGAACUUCUCACUGGCUUUCCAAGCAGCUGAAAGUGUGGGCAUCAAAUCUACUUUGGACAUCAAUGAAAUGGUACGAACGGAGCGGCCAGACUGGCAGUGUCUCAUGACGUAUGUAACAUCCAUUUACAAAUACUUUGAAACCUGAGCAUUCGGCAUUCCCCAUGUCUGCCAGAACCUCCCUCAUCUUGAAACUUGCCCUCUUCUGUGGGGUACCGUUGACACAGAGACUUUCCAAGCAAUUUACAGUGAGCAUGAGGUUGAAGUUUUCUCACUGACCAGCAUCUUCUACGGAUCUCACCGAUACACCAGUCUGUACUAUGACUCACAUCCUGCUACAUGAGAUAAGAGUUAUCCCAUUGUCGGUGUCCUUUGCAUGGCAUAGGCACUGCACAGUUUCAUUUCUGCUUACAGUAUCUCAGGAUGCAGCUUGUGCCAAGGCAGUGGAAACAUGAUAUCGUGACUGUGGUGGGCUGAACAGAUGUAAGGCUUGCCGAUGUUCUCCUAGUGCCUUAGCAAUGUGUGCACCUUGCAGCUGCACUUGCCAGCCAUCAAGAAUAAUCAAACCAUUCCAGAAAAUAUAGACAUUGGAAAUGAUGCACACUAAAGCACAUAUUGUAUCAACAUCUAAGCUGCUGUCUCUUAGUCCAGAUUGUCUCUUGCUACUUGUGCCUAGAACACUAAGUGACGAUACAGGUUAAUGUUGCGCUACGUUCGGCUUGUUAGCCUUUGUACACCAGAGCCGUAACUGACACACAACAAAAUGCUGUAUGUACAGUGUUUCUGCAGAGUAACCACAGUGAAGUAUAAAGCUGUUGUGCCACUCUAGAUCUUACACCCCAUAUUACCCCAUAUUACUUCACAUUCCUUCAAGGAACUCUGAAAUCUGCACAAACCAUGAACCAGACUUGGAACCGCUCUUCCUUCCUCCCUCAGGAGGGGGACACAAACAUUUCCAAAUUAUGAAGUGCCAGAUCACGAAGUUCCUCCAAGAACUCAAGACUGUGGGUGGACUUUUGUACAUUCUAGAAGCUUGAAAGAGGUGAUAUGAAACCCUAACAUUUGCAAGUGUACAGAUAAAAUGCUUAUGUUCACUUCUUACCAUCUUGCAAAUCUCAUCCCACUUCGGGUAAUUGUAAAACCUAAUUGAAAUGGUUCCCAGUGAAGUUAUACAUAGGAAUAGCACAAAUACGAUUUUAUUUAGAAACAUUGGAGCUGGCAGACAUCAUUAUGUUGCAGUGCGUUUUUGUAUAUGAGAAAAGGCCAAUGGAGACUUCAUGUGAGACCCAGAUAUCAGAACUUAACUUUAUAACCAGCUGUGUGACCUGCCAGGGCGCUGGAUAAAACACAGUAAUUGGCUUAUCGCAUAUGCAAUGCCUAUUAUUCUAUUAACAUUUUAGGGUGCACCAGGAAGUAAUUCUGCAGAGAUUGCUUCUUGAAAGAGGGUACAAGAUUGUAUUUUGCAAUUCAAUCUAGCAAUCAUCUUCUCAAUAGAACACUUUCAGCUGCUAUCACAAUCCCUGCCUCUCCUCACUGUGGUUACAUAUUUGCAGCUAUUUCUGAAUGUUCUUUUGCCUUUUUGGCAGUGAGAAUUAAUCUGGCGUGUAUGUCAUGCCUUCUCAUGGCCAGAUUUAGAGGUUUAUAUAUAAGGUCAAUUAUAUAGGGCAUUCAUUGUUAAAUACCAUUUUAAAUGGCUGACAAUUCUAUAGGCGUAUUAUUUUGUAUUGUACAUUUUCCAGGCUAAUUUAUUUGGUUUUUGCUACAUUUCUUAACUUCUCUGAAAUGCUCAACUGUGGAAAGUAAACAGUUUGCCAAAAAUUACAGUUUUUUUUCUAUGUGGAUCUCUGAAUGAGACUAGUUCCCGUUAAUGUAUACGACACAAUUUAUAUGUUCUGUUAUUGUUAAGUACACAAUAUUUAAAACAUAUUAUGCUGGCAGAAUAUUUCUUGUGGCCAAACUUGCAUUAAUACCUAUGAAGCUUUAACCACAUCCUGGUAGAAGAGCACUUACCAUAAUAUAAAGCGGUGUAACAACAAAAUAUACCCGUUGUUCCCUGCAGGUCUCUCUCUACUAGCAAGAUGUUAUUGGCAGUCUUAUUAUUUUAUUAAUAUAUUAUCUAUUAUAUAUGAUAUAUUUAAACAUGCAUUGGUUUUGCGAUGCAAAAGGGCAUUUCCAAAAUAAAGUAAGUAAGCUUUGUUUUCA